CAAUACAGGAAGUUACUUAGUGUUAGAGGAACCAAGACACAGAGUGCACCACAUCUUAGUGACCGGUAUGGAUGUUGUAUGCUUCUCCUUUGACUGUACCUUUUACGACGAUGGCAGUUCAAACUGUACCACCAUUGAUCCAAGAUACACCAAAUCAACGACAUAUAAACCUACAUUUAAACCAACACGACAAACCGCAACGAACUCGACUACGGCAAGACCACCUCCUUCUGAACCGAUCACAACUCCAAAGGCUACAGCCAAACCGACUACGGCAAAGCCAUCUCCUUCUGAACCUAUUACUACUCCAAAGGCUACAGCGAAACCGACUACGGCAAAACAAUCUCCUACUGAACCGAUCAUAACUCCAAAGUCUUCAGUAGGCCCUACCACAACAAAAGCACGUCCUACUAAGCAGAUUACUACUCCAAAGACUACAGCGAAACCGACCACGGCAAAACCAUCUCCUACUGAACCGACUACGGUACCACUAUCGUCACAGAAAUCUUCGGUAGCCACGCCUACAUCCUAUCAAACAACCGAUGUCAUCUACACCACUACCAACAUCAGGACGUCAUAUCUUCCAAUGGGACAUAAAGUGACGUCACCAGGAACACCUGCUGUUGGACCUUCCGUCUAUAUACCGUGUUCAGUUGUGGGUUUUGUUGUAGUAGUGGUCCUGCUCGCCAGUAUUGCUAUUGUACGUCGCUAUAGAAACCGAAGGCGAAGUUCGGCGGCCAGGCGACUUUUGGAUGCUGAUUAUAUGGGUGACCUUAUAGAUGAAACACCUCGGUCUACAGUGCCUACUGUCCUAUCACCAAACGGAGACCCUAUGUUCCAAGACGUCUCCCUAACAGAUGAAAGCGACGAUACAGACGAAACUGAAGUGGAACGUCUAGACUUAAUUGAAAUUAGUUCGGAAGACAGCUAUGAUUUGGAAAAAGCAGCACCAGUUCAUACGGACAAUAUCAUAUUUGAUAUAACAACAAUACGCACACAGAGAGAACGGAAUGUCAACGAAGACAAUGUUGUUUGAAUAAUGUUCAAGUUUUAGUCGGUUGUGGAGUAGGUAAAGAAGUGCUAGAAUAUUUAAUGUUUUGUCAAAACUGUGGUGCAGAACUCAAGCAUUCAAAUUUUAUUCGAUUAUGGAAAAAUAAGUAUUUAAACAGAUGAAAAACAAGGUAACCGUGUUACAAUGUCUGUUGAACACUCUUAUUAUGCCCUAAACGAUUUCAGAUUUUUAGACAAAACAUUUCUGUAUUACUAUCGUUCAUACAAUCAUAUCUGUAUCCUUUUUGGAAGUUUUAAAUAAAUCUACAUAACAUUUCUAUAUAUAGUAACAUUACCUUUCUAGCUGGUGACAUUACCUUUCUAGCUGGUGACAUUACCUUGGAUAUCAAUAUUUAGUAUUCGACUCUAACUACCUGUAUAUAAUGUUAUUGCACUGUUAUUUGUGAAUGUAUGUUUUGGUAUAUAUUAACAAAUGUGAUGGAUGUAUUAUACAUGACAUUUUGGAAUAAAAUUUCAAA